AUGGAGCAAUGGAUCUUGCCAGGAGGUCUGGAAGCGUUCCAUGCGGAGCAUGCGGUGCAGGUGGGCAUCGUUCCUGCACGAGAGUCAGUGCCUGGCAGAGCGUAUGAAGGUUUGCAGCUGGCUAGGAAGUGCUUUGGAGUGCCUGAGACGCCUCGCACUGUCCUCAACCUGGUGGGGAAAGCCUAUGAGAACGCAAAAGACCAGUUGCACUUCAAGCGAUCAGAGGCGUCUGGAGCCAUGGACACCUUGGUGACGGCAACGCUCGAGGACAUGCGAGCACAGCGAGAGGUUGCUGCAACCGCAGAGCAUCGCUCAGCGCAAGACAGCGCCGCAGAGCAUCGCUCAGCGGCGAACGACCCCUGGAUCGCCGUGGUGGUCUGCGCGGGGUGGAACUGCACAGAGAAGGAGAUCUUGGCAGAAAGCUUCGUGGCAGCGAGGUUAGCGAGCUCGCGCACAUGGGCAGAGGUCGUGCGGGUGUUGUCCGCGCAUGCUGCCGUGAAGUUGCCGUGGACGCAAGUGGCGCCCAGUCUGAAGGCCGCCCCGAAGAUCCUCUGGCAGACUUGCUACGCGGACUACCCCGAGUCGGCGCGGAUGAUGCAAGAGUUCGCCUCCGGUCUGCGGCGAGUCUUUGUGGACGACCCAAGUUGCGAGGCAGAAGUGUUGGCACUGGGUGGUGACGCAUUGUUGGCGAGGUAUCGCAACUGGACACAGGCAUCGCACCGCGCGGACCUCUGGCGUUACCUACGCCUCCACGCGCAAGGCGGUUACUACAUGGACAUCAAGAUGUGCUUGCUGCGGCCGCUGGAAGACACCCUUCGGGAGAUCUAUGAGGAGGGCAACCGCUUGGUGGCAGCCGCGAAGACCGCUGCGGAGGGACAGCGCAUCGCGCAGCCCGCAGAUGGAGGAGGUCAGCGCAUCGCGCCGCCGCCGCCGGAACAACGGCGCAUCGCGCAGUCCUCGGAAGAGGCGGUCUCCAUCGCAGACUGGGUCUUGGAUCGAAAGUUGGAAGAGCAGCCGCACCUCAUCAUGAGCCGAGGUGCCAAUCAGGAGCAUGUCUUCCAAGGCAACAUCUUGGCGUGCAGCCCCGAGCAUCCGCUUUUUGCUCGCGCCAUUGCCGACUGCAUGAGCGCGACUCCGGCGCAGAUGCGCAAGCGGUAUCUCCGCUUCUGCGAAUUCCUCUGGGCAGAAAUGAAGCGAGACCUUGGGCGGGAGCCUUGUUUGGGUUGGAACUUCUGCAAGACGCUGGGGCCUAUUUAUUUGUUCGAGGAACGAUUGCACAAGCAUGGCAAGCAAAAGGUGACCCGUGCGACGACAUCGUUGGGAACAGAGAUCCCCAUCGACGGCCACUUGAUGCACAUCGCGCACAACGACCUUCCCUACGCUGCCACCAGGGCGUGGGGUUGGAACAAGAAGUUCAUCGAUGUGGCAAUGGUGGGAUUGGCAGUGAACAAAGACACUGCAAUGGAGCAGAGCAUCGCUCAGCUUGCGCCGGCGCAGAGCAUCGCUCAGCCGGAGGAGGAGCAGAGCAUCGCUCAGCACUCCCCGGGGCAGAGCAUCGCUCAGCUCUUGAUGGGGCAGAGCAUCGCUCAGUCCCCGACGGCGCAAGAAGAGGCGGCCUCCUCAGCGGUGGCCCCAGAGGAGGCGGAGCAGGAGGGAAUGGCCAUGGAGGUCACGACCAAUGUACUGCAGCAAUGCCAGAAAAUUGUGGCGGACAGCGUCCACUACAGCGACUUGGUCGAGGCGGAGGUGGCCACGUUGGUGGGUCUCGGCUUAAGGCCUGCGGUGGAAAGACCUGACUUCCUGUCCUGCGUUCGUUGCAAGAACAGCAAACGCAAGGAGUACAAGUUCCAAGGCAGCAGCGAGGUCAGGCGACAUUUUCAGGGCCACGAGGACUUGCCGGCCGAGCAGCCCGAGCAGACCACGACGAUUUUAGCGGCCAGCGCGGCAGCGCCACCGGAGACAACAGCAAGCUCGGCAGCACCAUUGGAGCUGGUGUCCACGGAGCCGGCGGGAGCUAAACCCAUAGUCCGCAACCGUCCCGGUGAUUGUGCUCGUGUUUCCGUGGCCUUGGAGGCGGGAGUGUGGUGCGAGCCCGAUGCCGCAAGCCGAGCUGAAGCUGCGAAGUUGACGUUGCCAGUUGCCAAUGAGAGCACCCAGCUUUUGGCGGCAGUGCAGCGAGCCACUGGGGACAUGGCAGACUUCUUUGUGAAGGUCGCGGCUGUGGUGGUGCUGGCCGUCGCGCAAGACCGGCGAGGUCUAGCGAAGGCGUUGAUAGCGCUCAACCCCGCCCCAACAAGCCUGCAGAGCAUCGCUCAGCAGCAAAGUGGACCUUCGACGUGGUGGGACGUCACUGGGGAGGCGAACGUGAAGUGGGCGGUGCACUGGGGCGACGAGGCAGAGCCGAGACAUGACCUCGCGAUCGUCCAAGGCGACAGCUACCAGUACGUGAAGAGCAGUUUGUAUGGGACGAUCGUGAUGCGGAUGGUCAUGGAUGCCUGCGAAGCAGUUUUCGCGGACUUGCCCCCGGAAGACCAAAAGUUGGGUUUUCAGGCCGUGUGCUUGCAAGUGAACACAGCUCUGGGGGAACGAGGCAAUUUGGCUCGAUUGCUGCUGAGCGAGUCUGCGAAGAGGCCUUGGAAGUUUGACUUGGAUCCAUACACUGCAACGCAGAACUAUGGGGGCAAGCGGCGGCGGCUGACGACAGUGCAACGGGCAUCAGCGAAGGCUGAAGUCGUGGUCAGCCACGACCACGAAAAAGUGGCUACCGCGUCAAAGUUCUACCAACUUGGACGUGUGCCGAGUGCCAAUCGCUGCGAAACUACCCCCCGUGCGACCAGUGCGGUCGGCCACGGCCAAAAGCAAGUCGCUACCAUGUUGACGUUUUAG